GGGCACAUUAACAUAUCGAGUUCAAUCUCAUUUUCAUUUUCAUUCUGAUCUUCGUUUUCAAAAUUUCCGUUCCACAAACCUUACGAGUGCACUUCAAAGUUCAAAUCACUGCAAUAUUUAACCAGGAUCGCCUAAUUCGCCCCGGCAGGAUAGGACUUGAGUCAGCAAAUGUACCAAUGGAAUAAGCCUACAAGCUAUAAGCUUUUAAGUCCGACCUGAUGCGCCAUAGCCCACCUUGCCGCCGUGGACGGUGGCACUGGUAUGCGUCAUGGGCAAGCUUGGUCAGGGGCUUUUAUAGCAGCAUAACCGUGAUAGCCAUCCUAUGAUCUCCAUCUGUCUACUCGUCUAUACGGAGUGGGUAUAUCCGUUCGAUCUGUACGGGCGAUGCUGCCAGUGGGUCGGAUUGCUGAAGGUAUAAAAGGUGGACGUGAAAUGACACAGCCCACAAUCAAGUUCUCAGUCUCUUCAAGCUCCUUCAGGCACUCAUAAUAACGAUAUAUAAUGCCCGCUACACAAGCAGGGAGCACAGUCCUUGUUACUGGUGCAAAUGGUUUCGUCGCGAUGUGGGUGGUACGCAAACUUCUGGAAGAGGGAUAUCAUGUUCGUGGAACAAUUCGCUCAGCGUCCAAAGGAGACUAUAUGCGCAAAGUCUUCGAGGACCUUGGUGACAAGUUGGAACUAGUCGUUGUCCCAGAUAUCGAGAAGGAAGGGGCAUUCGAUGAAGCUGUCAAAGGAGUUGAUGCAGUUGUACAUAUGGCAUCUCCUUACCAUUUCGGCGCAGUAGAUCCAGCGGAGUUGAUUGAUCCAGCAAUCAGAGGCACGCUUAGUAUUUUGCAAAGUGCACUGAAAUAUGGCACGAACAUUCGCCGGAUCGUUAUCACAACUUCUACAGCAGCGAUGGUGCGACCUACGAAUACGCCCAUCGUAUUCACUGAGGAUGAUUGGAACGACGCGUCCAUUCAAGAAGUAAAGGAAAAGAGCCGCGAUGCUCCUGGUUACAUCAAAUAUUUUGCUUCCAAAACUCUCGCCGAGCGAGCUGCCUUUGAUUUUGUCGAAAAGAACAAGGAGUCGAUAGGAUGGGACUUGGUCACCAUUGCUCCACCCUACAUUUUCGGGCCUAUGAUCAACGAACUGUCAAGUCCUUCCUCAGCCAAUGCUUCCUUAGCGGAGUGGUACCAGGCCAUACUAGAGUCGGCUAAAAGCCCUGAGGAGCUUAAGACCUCCGGAAACGCAUGGGCGGACGUUCGAGACAUUGCGCUCGCUCACGUCAGGGCUAUACAACAACCUGAGGCGGAAGGUAGGAUAACAGUUAGUGCAGAUUCGUUCAAUUGGCAUGACUGGGUGGAUGUUGUGCACUCAUUGAACCCCUCGCCAUAUCCUCCUAACUCCUAUGUUCAAAGUGAUCCUUCAUAUGAUCCUAAGACCGCUGUCCGUCUACUCAACUUCGAUACUACGAAGGCUAGGAGAGUCUUGGGUAUCGACAAGUAUAUUAGUAUGGAGCAAUCGGCGCGAGAUAUGCUUGAAGACUUCAGGAGUAGGGGUUGGUAGGACGUGUACGCUUAUAUUUUCGUAUCCCUCUUAAAUUAGACUGCUUUCAUGCUUAUGUCUAUCAGGGUGAUUCAUAGCUGAAAAGGGAUUCCGUAAAGGUGAGGUAGUUCAUUUGCACCUUUUGUGAGGGUCCACACGUCGACAAUAUCAUGGUACCAGCAACGCCCAAGUUAUCUAUCACCCUAAUUGCGUCCAGGGAAGGUGGGGUGAACAAGCCUUCGCACAUUGAACGGUUCUUUCAUUAUCGUUGGCACGUAGCAGCAUUCAUUCUCAUCAGAACUACCAUAUACUCAUGAGAAAGCUCAAUAAUAGUCUGGUGGACGGCGGUUUCCAUCGGAAUCACGUAUUCAUAGGCGAUACAGUGGUUGGUUUGACCUGAUCAAGACUAGAAAUGCUCCAGGUUUCACGAAGUACAGUAUCAUUGCGAGUACAUCUACAUAGGACAAAUGCAUGCUAAACACAAACCUGGAUCACGGGCAAGGAUCGUAGCAGAUGAUUUCAAACGACCCCUUGGCAAAAAUGCAACCUUCUUUCUCCUACUGACUGCACUGAGCCGAUGGCGUGAAGGGGAAGCUCGACAGCUUACGGCACUGGCAAGCAUGCCAGUUGGAUAAACGUCAGUGUAGAAUAAUACAUACUUAGCGGGCUCGCUACACCAUAUGAGCCGUAU